CGACGUGUUGGUCGCACGACUCGAGUCGCUAGCGCGUCACGACCUUAAUCGUGUCUCAUGGCAAUCACCGGGCCGUCCUCCGGUUUGUGAGACCUUUUUCAAUUAGCGGUCUGUCAGUCCUCUACUAGUCGAUCCGCGGUCGGUUAGUCCUUUACCAUUAGUCAGCGAUUUUUGAGGGCUAUUUCGAGUGUCAUAGUCAUCAGCUGGUGGAACGUUUCAAGUGUUGAAACAGUUCGCGUGAGACUUCGAAAAGUGGUGUAUCGGUCAACGAGACCUAUCGCGUUUGACUAGUGGAUUGUGACACCUAUCUUUGGUGGUCCACGGGUACGUUAAACCGAGAGAGUGAGUUGAACUCCUUACUGGAGUGUUGGAACGGUCCGCGAGAACUGUCAGUGGUGCACAAGUUAGUGAUAUAGAUAUCAGUGUCGCGCCUUGUCUUUGUUUAGUCAAGUUGAGCGUUGAUCUGUUGCACGGUAUUUUUGUUGCGAUAGAACAUGAUAUAUAGCCUAUAUUCCUUUCCAUAAUAUUCGAAUAUACUCCGUGAUUCAUUGCUGAACACUGGCGGAGCUUUCAAUAUUAUCACGAAUUAAAGAAAAUAAGCCAUUUUGUGUCCUGUGCAAUUUUCAACUGCAAAUUAUUUCUCAAAAGUCGACAAAGUCUAUAAAACGUUGACUGGGUUUUUUGAAAAAUAUUGUAAAAUGAGAAAAUUCAAUUCAUAAAAAUUCAAUAAUUCAGUUGAUAGCUGGAAUUGUGUAACUGACUGGUUCCAUUCAAAUUUCACAGAGACUCCAACAUAAUAUUUAUUAUUCGUGUAAUCUCGUGACUGAUUGGUUUCAUUCAAAUCUGGAAGAGAUUCGUUUUCACUCCUUGGACUGCAUUUGCAAUCUGAAAUCUUCCCUCAAUCUAAAAUAAACUGUGAUCACUUGAAGUGGUACUAGGUUGAAGUGUUUCAUUUUUUGUGAAUCACAAUCGUGAUAUGUUACAAGAGAUUGUCGAAAUAAAAUAUUUUCACUCAAAUUCCAAGGAGUUACAGAGAAUUUGAUUGUUGAUGUUUUUUAUGUGGUUUUUGUUGAUUCAUUGGUGAUUUUUGUUAUCAACAAAUUUGUGACCAGUUCCUUGAGAGAUGAACGAAGCCAGUGUCAACAUGUUGGCUGUUCUAACUGCUGCAAUCACCUUAUUCGGAUGUCCUGCACAAGGUGGAGCGCACAUAGACUCAAGCUCGCACGGGGACAACUCGGACCCCUGGGGGGGCUCAGCCACCAACUCGAGUACAGUGGUGGGAGGAAGCGGCAGUUUGUUCCCCUACUUCGACUUGAAUGUGCCACGCAAUGUGACCACAGCUGUAGGACAAUCAGCCUUCCUGCAUUGUCGUGUCGAGCAUCUGGGUGAUAAAGCUGUGUCUUGGAUUAGAAAGCGUGACCUGCACAUCUUGACGGCUGGCGUGCUCACGUACACAUCGGAUCAGCGCUUCCAGGUGAUCCGACCGGAUAGGUCCGGCAACUGGACACUCCUGAUCCGCUUCCCGCAGCAGCGUGACUCGGGCAUUUAUGAGUGCCAAGUCAACACCGAACCCAAGAUGAGUCUCGCCUUCUGGCUCAACGUUAUUGAGUCCAAAGCGCACAUCCAGGGUGCUCAGGAGGUGUACGUCCGCAGAGGCAGCAGUGUGACGCUGCAGUGCGUCAUUUCGCAGGCUCCUCACGCUCUGGGCACUGUCUUCUGGUACCGCGGAGUGGCGCCCAUUGUGUCGUCAGCUGACCGCCAGCUGACCAUCGACACCAGCUGGGUGGACGGCCAACAGCUGAUCAGCCGACUGCACAUUCGCGCCGCUCUGCCCGCACACACUGGCAACUACAGCUGCGUCCCCACCACCGCGCAGCCUGCUUCCGUCAAUCUGCAUGUCAUCAACGGUGAGCACCCAGCAGCGAUGCAACAUGGAAACCACGCUUGGUGCAGAGCAGUCUCCCUGGGCUGCCUAGCAGUCAGUCUGGGUUUAGGAUUCUUGUCGGGAAGCUGGAGGUGAAACCCCCACAUCUAAGACUUCGAUGAUUGUACAACCCUCAACUCUUCAUAGGAAACGACAGUGUCUAGAAACCUACACACCCAUCCACCUACACCAAUAAAACCAUAGUAUCAACCGCCUACAGAAAUAAAUUUCCGUAAACUGACCCAAGUUAUAUAACAUCCCAUCAUAUAAGAAACCCCUGAGAAACAUUUAUACCAUCAUCUGAAAUCACUUAACUUCCUCCUUCAAAUGUACAUUACACACUCGUACCACUACUUAUAGAACGUACAUUAUAAUGUAAAGUGUAUUAUAGCAUUUAGGAUAAGAAGAGUUUUAUGUAUAAAUAUUGAACAAUAUCAUUGUUUAGCUCGUUGUAUGAGACUUAGAGGACCUUGAACUUUGGUUGGGUAUGAGUUGGCUGAGAUCGAUGAGAAAUAGCAAGACACAGUUUCCCUAUUGAAUCAACUCGCAAAUCAACACAGCCUUGUUUGGAUGCUGUGUUACUAUGAAGUAUAGCAUAUGGAGAAGAUUCAAAUAAUCUUAGUGCUUUGAAAUUGAGGUAGAGAAAUUAUAAUUACCAUGGUAUUGAAUCACUCAUUCUUAGAAUACAGAAUGAUUUCAUUUCAGCUCAUCAGAAAAUUUUUUAUUGUUUGACUAUGUACAGUUGUAGCAUGUUUGUUCACUGUAUUAUUUUUAUGAGUCAUGAUAAGGGAAGAGAGACAACCUGAACUAUCACUAUUAUCUUCAUUUAUUCACUAUCACUAUCAAACAAUUAUUCAGUCUCAUAUAACGACCUAGACAAUGUUCGACGGAAGAAGUGAUCUGAUUCAAUCCACACUACAAACUAAAUUCCUAUCAGUAUGAAAUCUAUAAUUAUUAUCAGUAUAAAGAAUUUUUAUGAUAAAGUAUUUCAAUAAGGCUACUUGGAUUGUCUAAUUGUCAUGCAAAUCACUAGUAACCUUUUUAUACUCUUUUUCAUAACACAAACUAGUCUCGAACCAUUUUUAUGUGUCAUAAUGAAUUAUUAUUUCCAGUAAACAAUAUUUUAUCUCCUUGAGCAGCAGGCUAAUUUUAUAUUUUCAAUGUCGAAUAUUGUGCUUAUGUAACAGAGUGUAGAAAUUGUACUAGUAUUUUCUGUCAUAAUUAUACUUUUUUAUCACUUCAUUAAGUCACGAGAAAUGAACAGUUUGAUUCCAUCAUUUCAUAGGAAUAGCAUGAAGCAACUCAUACUGAUACAACAGUAAUAAGUUGCUAUUUAUAUUUUAUUAUUAGAAUUACUGGUGGAAGCCCUUGGAAGUGAGCUGAGCUUUCCCCUUAUUGAAUUUUAACAAACCAUCGCAUUAAAAUGUCAUGUGAAACAUUCAAUCCGGCAGCAAUUUUAUAAUUACUAGCUUAUCACUUCUUUCGUCGAAAGUAGCAGAAGUUGUUGAUAAAAAAGUUUUCCUUUCAUUUCAAUAUUCGAUAGAGGAACUGUUUACAUUCAUCUCUACAAGGUCUGAUGGUUCAUGAAUAUAAUAUAUUGAGAAUGCAUUGACUGCAUAGAUGAAGGAUGUUCAAAAGUAGGUUUGAAGGAAACUGGUCAACCUUUCCUACAGAUCCUUAUUAAUUGAAAUCUUGAAAUUUGAUAAUUAUUACAAGUAAGUCAUAACAAUAUCAAGUGGCUCCCUCUUGAGUUUAUCAAUGUGGCUUAAAAAUUGAGAUAGGUUCCAAUAAAUGAUAAUUUUUGGAACGUUUUUCACCCAUGCCAUCAAAAACAUAGGUAUAGAAAUUAUUUUGUAGUACAACAUCAUCAAUCUCACCUGAAUCAUAGUGUUUUUCAAAUUUGUUCUUCAACGUGCAUUUAAAAUAAAUCUUAACUCUCAAUUCCUAUUUCAUCAUUCCAGUUUAUAUAAUUUGAUUGUCUACAUUUUUUGAAGUUUCAAUAGGCCUGUCGAUAGCAGAUUGAUAUUUCUUCAAUUUUAAUCUACUGGCAAUUACGAGGUGCAGAACAGAUUCUGAAACUAUUCUUUUAGUUAACAGGUUACAGAUUCUGCCUGCUUCUAUAGAGGGCUCACAGCAAUAAGUUUAACAAGCUCGUAACCGAAUUUUUCAUCCAAACAGAUGAAAACAAUGUUUAUCAUAAUAUCAAGCAUUAUAAAUGGAAAUAUUCAAUUCGUAUGAUACUAAGAAACUGAGUGAGCUGGUUUAAAACUUCAGCUAUAGUGGAAUUCAUUUCAUACUGUCAAUAUCCGUUAUUAAUAACAUCAGUACUUUCCAUUCAACCAAUGCUGACAGUAUGGAGUGAAUCUCAAUAAGCAUGAUUUGUGCCAUCUCUAUCAAACUAAUUCAAACCAAUCAGUAGAAUUUCUAGAAAGAUGAUUGCAUAAAUUAGCCAAACUAAUGUCGUAUUUUGGAACUCAAUCAAUGGAGUUGGGCACAGUAAAAGUGUGCUAAUCAUAUAACAAAUUAGUAUGACUACAACAUAGUGUAUGUAGCCUCUACUUUGUCAAUUUCAAUUUCAAUUUCAAUUUUAUUGAUGUCAUGCAUUGUACAAUAAUACAAUAUUGACACAAGUCAAAUUCAUAGUCACAAUGGUAAAUUACAUUGUAAAAAAUAUUAAGAUAUUUAAAUAACAAGAAAUAAUUCAAUUCGCUGCCAAGAUGGCAAGAAUCACAUCAUUUUAAAAAUGUCUCAAUUCAAAAAAUUCAAUUAUACUGUAAAAGGAUUUUUCGAUCAGCCAAUUCUUCAACUUAAUCUUGAACAAAACUUCAGAGUCAAUCUCAGAUAUAACUGGUGGGAGAGAGUUCAAUAUUUUCCUGCUCAUGUGAUCAGGACUACCUUGGAAAAAAGACGUUCUAUGAGCAUCCAGUCUUAGAGCAUUCCUAGACCUCGUGUUGUACCCGUGUAUAUCUGAUCCUCUAGCCCAGGAAGCUCUAUGUUUGAGUUGAUUGACAAGAUCAAGCCGUAGGUCAGUAGCGGCUGAAAGUAACCAUAAUAAGCCGAGAAUACUACUUUCUUGUUCAGACUCGUCGUUAAUCUUGAUAUCGCAAAUGUUGCCCUACUAAGUCGCUUCACGACCUCGUCCACAUGGUAAUUCCACCUCAAUCCUGAGUCAACCUCGAUUCCUAGAAAACCACAAGCACCUGUAGAUUUGAUUUGUUUUGAAUCCAACUUGAAAUUUAGUGAAUUAGAGAAUUCCGGGCGGUUGGACUUACUAAUAGAAAAAUCCAUAAAACAGGUUUUCUCGACAUUGACUUUCAGUUUAUUCGCCUUACACCAAUUCUCGAUGCUUUCUGUGACGCGCUCUCCCUGCCUCAGCAAUUGCUGCAGAUCAUUCUCAACAAUAAGAAAGUUCGCAUCAUCUGCAAAUAGAACGCUACUGGCAAGAGGAACAUUACUUGGUAAGUCAUUUAUAUACAGUGAGAACAAUAUCGGGCCGAGGACUGUUCCCUGUGGUACUCCCCUUUUUAUCUGGCAAAUUUUCGACCUGUAUUUAUGAUUCACUACUUUUUGUUUUCUGUCCUCAAUUUCUACAACCUGCACUCUAUCAGUGGUAAAUGAUUUCAACCAUUCUAAUGCUGAGCCUUUAAAUCCAUAAUGUUGCAUCUUUUCUAUCAAAAUAUCAUGAUCAAUACUAUCAAAAGCCCGUUUUAAAUCGAUAAAGGAACCCAAAGCCUUUUUUUCAGCAUCCAGUGACUUGUAUAUUCGGCAUAAGAAGUUAUUAAUGGCAUCAAUAGUUGACUUUCCACGUCGAAACCCGAACUGGCUUGAGGAGAGAAUUCUGUUAACUUCAAGAUGUAGCUUCUGUAACUUCAAGAGGACAUACUGUCAAAUACGGUUCAAGUUCAAGGCAACGGUAAUUGGAACUCAUACAUUAGGAAAUUGUUGAAAUCAAUCAAUAAGAACAGAGGCCAUGGUUAGAUGUAUUCGAGGGAUUCUGAUGAUGCAAUUCAAUUUAUCAGGAUAAUAUUCAAGCCGGCCUCAGGGGAAUGGGCUUCUGUAUUGGAGCUCAGAUAAAGCUGAUGUUUGAAUCAGUUGAAUAUUACGUUGACUAUCACAACACAGAGGCUAUCACAUGUAAUAUACAUUGAUUGGUUUUCAUGCUGCUUCACCGUUAUGAAUCUGGUUUUGUAACAAUAAUACAAAAAAUCUCUUCAAAGGUUCCUUACUUUCAAGGUGGAUUUAAAAAUGAUUUUUCAAUAUUCCUUCUUCGAUACGUUGAAAAAUAAAUGCUUCAAAUUGGAGAUUCAGGAACAAUGAUUAUUGUAAAUGUCUUGGGGUAAUGGGUUUUGUAGUGGUAUUGAACUAAUUUUUAAGCGUUUCCGGAGUGGGGCUCUGCAUGCUGUGGUACUGACUUCAUUCUCAGUUUCUUUUGCACUCGAUUCUCCGAAAUAAGAAAGUCCUUUCUAAUUAGAAUGUUCUCUUUAUCUAGGAUUUAGAUUUUAAUUACGAAGUUUUGCGAAUAACUGUUUCUCAACAACGUGAGAAACAUAUUCUAAUUACAAUACAAAUGACAUUGAUGUAACAACAUUGGUAGAUAAAAUUAAUCUUUCUGCUAUUUUUCUUCAGAAUUAAGGUGAUAACAGCUAAAAAUUGUGAAAAAAUAGGUAUUUGUUUUAGGUUGAGGGAGCCACAACACUUUGUUCAUUGUAGGGAAGUUAAGUUCGAAUAGUUGACCUAUUGUGAGUGGACUUGACACUUAAUACACUGCUGUGAUACUAACUUACUAUUGUACAUUAAAAAAUAUGAUUAUGAAAAUAAUAAUGUAAAUAUUCUAGUUGAAGUAUAAUAUCACCAUCAAUAAGAAAAUUAGGGACACAAAUGCAAAGGGAAUAUUGUUGUAAUCAAUUGAUUCAAUCGGUUGAUUGUUCUAGUUUGUAUCAAACAUAGAGUUGAUAAUUGAAUUUGUAUUGAUACGAAAUUAAGAGAAUGAACUGCACACCACGUUGAGAGUGUUUUGAAUAUCAUUCAAUUGAUAUCAAUAUCGCCUUAUAUUGAUAUCAAUUCCACGACUUGACCCAGUUUAUUGUAUGAUAUUAAUUUAGCCUGUAAGAAUGAAUAAUCAAAAUGAAUGUAGUGUAUUGAUGAUUUUCGUUGUAAAAACACUAAUUUGUAAAUUAUGUGUCGAUACCAAGAUGAACUGUUUCGAUUUUAAUAAAGUCUGUAAUAUUUUCAA